AUGUCUGAGACCGGCGAAAGCCUCCACAAACGAUCCAAAUCCGCCGCCCGCUCGCUCCUUAGCAGGCGCAAGCCGCCAGUCGACGACGACAUGGCCUCCGACGACGGCCAGAGAGCGUCCGGCUCUUAUUCUACACCUCAGAACAUCCACAUCCCUAGCCAACAGGCGUCCAGAGGUCACUCUUCCAGACUGUCUACCACUGGCAGCGCCUUAGGCCGAACGGUCUCGAACCACCAAGCCACACCUUCCGUCGGCGGAGCAAGGUCGCCAUCCAUGCUUUUCGACAAAGGGGCCGCGGCCUCUCUCGAGUCCUCCGUACGCAAGUUCCGUAUCGUUGAAGCUCUUCGCAACGGCGACACAGCCUCGAUUUCCAGAGCCAUCCGCGAUACUGCCGAGCACAAUCCUCGCAUGAGCAUUUCGUCCGCCAUUACCGGCCCUCUCGAAGACACCACGAUUCUCCAUUUGGCUAUCCAGUGUGCCGAACAGACUGUUGUCGAGUACGUCUUGUCAGAUGGUGCUGGCUCCCUCGAUAUCAAUGCUCGCGACAAAGACGGAAAUACCCCAUUGCACAUUGCAGCCCAACAGGGACGAACCCACAUCGUUCGUCAGCUCCUCGAGCACAAGGAUAUCAACGAUGCGAUCGCGAACCAUCAAGGGCGGUUACCCAUCGAUCUCGCUCGCAAUCCUGACAUUUUUCAGCAACUCCAGCUCGCCAGAUCGUUGUUUGCCGAGGACAAGGUUCGGCAGGUGCAGGACCUCAUCCUCCAUGGCGACUUUAAAACUUUGGAGGAGGUCUUGGAAGAGCCGCGUUUCAAGACCGUCCUCGACAUUAACAGCACCGAAUUCGCCGCCGAGUCGGCCACGGUCGAGAGCGGCGGCACGCUCCUUCACGAAGCCGCGCGUCGCAGAAACACAAAGCUAAUGCAGGUUCUACUGCUGCACGGAGCAGACCCGUUCCGCAGAGAUCGUAAUGGCAAGCUCCCACAGGAUGUCACAAAGGACGAGAUUACAAAGGCUAUGCUCAAAAAGUCCCCCGCUGCUGUGGCUGCCCAGAGGGGCAUUCAAGAGAAGGCCGUUUUGGGAUCAGCCACACAUGGGGCAGCUGCUGCGGCGUCCGGUGAUCCUAUGGCGGGAAGAGAAGCUCGCGAGAUGAAGGGAUAUCUGAAAAAGUGGACCAACUACAGAAAGGGAUACCAGCUUCGUUGGUUCGUACUGGAGGAUGGCGUCUUGAGUUACUACAAGCACCAGGAUGACGCAGGGUCUGCCUGCCGUGGUGCUAUUAACAUGCGCAUAGCCAAGCUUCAUAUGACCCCUGAUGAGAAAACCAAGUUUGAAAUUAUAGGGAAAAACUCGGUCAAGUACACUCUGAAGGCCAAUCACGAAGUCGAGGCAAAGCGUUGGUUCUGGGCCCUCAACAACUCCAUCCAAUGGACCAAGGACCAGGCUAAAGAAGAAGAGAGACAGCGCGUCCGCAAUGCCGAACUCUUGAAGCAAGCAAAGGCGGAGCAUGCCCAUAGCGUAUCUGACGCCGGUAGCGACAAUGCUAGUUUCGUCGAGCACCGCCGUCAGAGUGUGCAGCUUUCUCGGAUGCAUUCAACGGCCAGGGCGUCCAGAGCCUCCUACGUCGCCAGUGGCAACGGAAGCAACGAAGAGGAUGACUUUGUCGAUGCCGGAACCGAAGCGGACAAGGGUGAGCAUCACCACGCGGAUGACGAUGACGAUGACUAUGGGGAGGGUUCGAGCGGGCAGGAUGUUCCAUCGGCAAACAAAGAUGCUUUCAACAUCACUGCACAGUCUGCAAGACUGCAGCUCGACACCAUGGCACAAGUCACCGCAGCCUUGAUGGCGGAAACCAACAAGAACUCCGACCUCAGGUUGUCGGAUCCCAAGGCCUCUCAAGCUCUGGCUACCUAUGAUGCUGCAAUCCGCUCUCUUACGGGACUUGUCGGCGACCUCCUGCGCAUCUCCAAGGAUCGCGACGCGUACUGGCAGUACAGACUUGACCGCGAGAGUGAAAUGCGCCAGAUGUGGGAGGAAAGCAUGGCCCAAGUUGCCAGGGAGCAGGAAGCUUUGGAGGCUCGGGUUGGCGAGGCCGAGGCAAAGAGGAAGAUCACCAAGCGUAUCCUCAAGGAAGCUCUUGGGUCAGGCAUUAUUGACGAGGGCCAAGUGAAGGCAACUGCACCAACUGUUGCCGCUGCUGCCGAGGCCACUGAUGAGGCCGACGCCGAACAGGCUGAUGCCAGACCACAGUCGCCGGUCCAGAGCAUUCGCCGUCAAAAGACCAUCAGGGAUCAGGUGGCAGAGUUGUCUGACUCUGACUCCGAUGAGGAAGAGUUCUUUGAUGCGGUCGACGCCGGUACCGUCGAAGUUUCCCAGCUUCCCCCUUCGGAACCUGUGGCUUCGCAGAGCGAUACCCAGCUAGUCAUCUCAGAUGGGACAGAUAUCAGUGACUCGUUCAAGGGAUACGAGAACGGUAUCAGGACCAAGUUGAAGAUGGAUGCGGACAACAGACCCACUAUCUCGCUCUGGGGCAUCCUCAAAUCCAUGAUUGGCAAGGACAUGACCAAGAUGACCCUGCCCGUAUCCUUCAACGAGCCCACCUCACUCCUCUACCGCUGUGCUGAGGACAUGGAGUACGCCGACCUCUUGGAUCUAGCCGCUGAUCGCGCUGAUUCCAUUGAGCGUUUGAUCUAUGUUUCCGCCUUCGCUGCCAGUGAAUACGCAUCCACCAUCGGCCGCGUUGCUAAGCCGUUCAACCCACUUCUUGGUGAGACCUUUGAGUAUGUGAGACCGGACAAGAACUACCGCUUCUUCAUUGAGCAGGUUAGCCAUCACCCACCCAUCGGUGCAGCCUGGGCCGAAUCUCCCAAGUGGACCUACUACGGAGAAUCGGCAGUCAAGUCCAAAUUCUACGGCAAGUCCUUCGAUGUCAACCCUCUCGGUACCUGGUUUCUUAAGCUCAGGCCGACUUCCGGCGGCAAGGAGGACUUUUACACCUGGAAGAAGGUCACUUCAUCCGUCAUUGGCAUUAUCACCGGUAACCCCGUGGUUGACAAUUACGGUGUGAUGGAGAUCAAAAACUGGACCACCGGCGAGGUUUCCUACGUCGAGUUCAAGCCCAGAGGUUGGACCAAGUCGAGUGCCUACCUGAUUGGUGGCAAGAUCCUCGAUGCCAACGGUCAGGUCCGCGUCAGCUUGGGUGGUCGCUGGAACUCCAAAUUUUAUGCCCGCUUGACACCCGGUUACGAGGCCACCAUUGAGGAGAAGUCCGGAAACGAGACGGUCCAUCAGGGCAGCAUCAAUGACCCAUCUAAGGCCUUCCUUAUCUGGCAGGCUAACCCCCGUCCCACCGGCAUUCCCUUCAACCUGACUCCCUUCGUCGUCACUUUUAACCACCUCGACGACAACCUCAAGCCUUGGCUCGCCCCCACGGAUUCUCGCUUCCGCCCCGAUCAGCGUGCUAUGGAAGAGGGCGAGUACGACUUUGCGGCGACGGAGAAGAACAGACUCGAGGAGGCCCAGCGUGCGCGCCGCAAGGCGCGCGAGAGCAAGGGCGAGGAGUUUAAGCCCGCGUGGUUCACCAAGGCGCGGUGCGAGAUCACAGGCGAGGAGUACUGGCAGUUCAACGGCGAGUACUGGAACAGGCGCGCGAAGGCUGGUCCGAAUGGCGACCCCAGUGCUUGGCAGGGUCUGGAGCCCAUUUUCCAGGAUGCUUAGUAUGUUGUUGAUGAGUUGGAUGGGAUGCUUGAUCAGGCGUCUUUGAGUCCUGUGAAGAAGAAGAAGAAGAAGAAGGGACGUUGGGCGAGGUGGCGGUCUCGGUCUCUUAGUCGUGUGCUAGAGUAGGGACGGUGGUUUGAUACAGUAUACGUAAACGGAGGUUUGAGCGUGUGGAGUUCUUGAAUGUUAACAAGAGGAUGAGUUCGGGUGUCUCCUAUAACUGGUGUAAUGCAGAGAUGAUUUAUUCACGUCUUACGUUGAACAGUUGUUGAAAACGAGGCGUGACUUCAUUAGUUUAUGACAGUAGCUCGUACACAAUAUUUUCUAUGCAUUGCUUUUAUGUACGUGUUCCAUAUCGU